CCGUUUAUUUCACCUCGCCGGUUUCCCGCGGUGUGUGGGAGUAGGGCCAGCCCAGCGCAGGCCUUGGGAGCUGCCGGUGACGCUGCGCUGGGUGUGGACACGCAGGUGCGCCGCCGCCGCCAGGGACUCGUCGUCUUAACAGUACCUCCUCCAGGAUGGUGCUGCCGAGCCUUUUUAGAUUUUUAUUUUUUGGCAGAUGGUUCAAAUUUUUCCCAUGUUCCCGUUUCCGGGAUGAACGCACAGCAGUGGGACCCAUGCUGAGGAUAUGCAAGGCCACCGAAUUACCAUUUGCUUGCGUUUGGGAGUAGCAUUUGAAUUAAAACCUAAGAGGAGAAGAACAUGUUGGAUGUACGCCAGGAAGCAAACACAAGUGGAAGUGAGAUUCAAGAUUCCCCCUUCUGCACUCCUGCCUACCUUUAUCUUAGCAUGAGCCCUGACUCUCCCUGAGGGCAGGGACAGGGCAGGUAGGGCUACCCAGGACAAGUCAUAAGGCCUUUCUGGAGACAGAGGAAGCUGCUAUCUCCCACACUCCCCAGGGAUUCCAUUGCAUGAUAGGCUUAAAGAGGGGUGGGGGUGAAUUUGUAGGCUGUGUGUGUUUUAACUGUGGCAAAGUAUGCACGUUAUAAAAUUCAGCACCUGGGCCUCUUAGCAGAGUACAGUUCUGUAGUAUUAAGUACAUUUACACUUUUACGAAACUGUCACGGCUGUCACCCACCUCUAGAUCUAUUUUGGUCUUGCAAACCUAAAGUUCAGGGGCUGAAGAAAGCUGCACAGUUAAGAGCCCUUUCUGCUCUUAAGUGUAAGAAACAGAAUAAUCCCGAUGUCGCACUAAGGGAUAAGGUGAUUUCUUUUUGAUAAAGGGGUGUUCCACCACCCAAAAGGGGCUAUCAAGCACAGCAGGGGAGGAAUAGCAAUUGGUCUCUAUUCUAAGGCAGAUGGUGACUGUAUCCAUGGAGACCUUUGUAAACAAAAGUUCUACCAGGUUGGGGAGGCUUGUGGACUGUUGGACCGUGGCAGGCUGGCAACCUUUAGUAGAAUAAAGCAUCAUUGUCACCAGGGACCCGAGUACAGUUCCCAACACCCACGUUGGCCAUCUUGUAAGUGCCUGUAAUCCAGCUCCAGGAGAUAGGACACUGUCUCCUGACUUCUGUAGAAACCUGCACGUGCAGACACACAAACCCAUAAAAUUAAGAAGUAGUAGAAAUCUUUUUUAAAACUCUGAAACUUUAUCCUCCUUAGAGACCAAAUCCCCCUUGACCUCCCAGGCUCCCAUCACCUCGGAUCCGCCCACUCUGGGGACAGAAGUGAAGCUGUAGUGUGGACCUUCUCGUGACUGCUUAUCUCAACAAACAUCACUUCUUCAAGACUCAUCCAUGGUGCACUGGGAGGUGAUGGCAUCCCCUUCUGUCUUCUUUUUAAUUAAAAAAAUAAUUUAUUUUUACUCAUGUGUGCAUGUCUCUGGUGUUAGUGGGGCCAGAACAGAGCAUCAGACUCCCUGGAGCUGGGGUUGCCAACAGUUGUGAUUUGCCUGACAUGGGUGCUGGGAUUUGAACUAGUAUCCUUGGGAGAACAGCAAGGGCUCUUAACCAAUAAGCCAUCUCUCCAGCCUUUAAGGCUGAGGAGGACCAUAAUCUGUUUGUGUUUAUCCUUCAGCACGCGUAUGUGUGUGUCUCUCCACAUUUUAGCUUGUGUACAGUGUCGCUGUGGAUGUGGCUAUGGCAAUAGCUAAGACUGUUUUAAUUCUGUCUAUAUUCAGAGUCUACUCUAAACACAGUUGCAUGACUAUCAUCUAUAUCUAUCUAUCUAUCUAUCUAUCUAUCUAUCUAUCUAUCUAUCUAUCUAUCUAUCAUCUAUCUAUUCAUUUUGAAACAAGGUGUGACUAUGUAGCCCUGGUUGGCCUGGAGCUCUCUAUGGCCUCAAACUCACAGAUACCUGCCUGCCUCUGCUUCCCAAGUGCUGGGAUUAAAGGCGUGCACCACCACACCCAGCCCUGAGAUCUUAAAAAACAAAAACUAAAACAAAAGACAACCCCCAAACCCAAUCCACCCAGAGUGGAGCCUGCAAUCAUACAGCCUUCUGUUUGAUGUACUGCCGUGCUGUUUCCGUGGUAUCUGCCUCAGUUUCCACUCCCACCAGUGGUCGCAGUUCCCAUGAAGACUUGCUUUCUGUUUAUCCUGAGGAUUCCCGCCAUCCUGUGGAUGCAAGACAGUGUCUCACUGGCUUGGAUUGGCAUGUCCCUAGUGGUCACUGACUGUAAGCAUCCACCCCUAUGCUUGCUGCCAUCUGUACUCUGGUGUCCUUCUUCUUGACAUCUUUUGGGGACACACAUAUGCCUCUUCCAGCAGAUUUUAAGCUCUUUGAGAAGAACGGUACUUGACUUUCCCCCACCCACCCCCAGGCGCAGGUAAGGAAGGCUGUAGGUGUAGUUCAGGCCUUCCGCAUCUUCCCCUGUUAGAGGAGCCUGGAGGGUAGUGAGCGAAGUCAGUGAAAAAAUUAGUGCACUUAUAGUGCUUUAUGAAACUAAGCUUUAUCUUUAGUUUUUUUAGGGGGCAGUAAACUUUACACAGUGGCAUCUCUUGGCGGCGACCACCUUUCCUCUUGGGGGUGUGCAAUCACGUGCACACCUAACACAUACCUCAGUCCUGGCACAUGCCAGAGAAUCCCCAUCCCCAAAGCCCUCCCCAGCCCUGCAGCCCUGACAGGAAGAGGUGUCUGUCUCUCUUUCCUCAGCACAUUAGCUCAACCUGUGCACUUCACAGGAACAGACCCACCGGGCUGUGCCUUUGUGUCUGGGCUCUUUCAGGAGCGCUGGGUUUCCGGGCUGACCCACUUUGAUCUGAGAUGAUAGUUCUUUCCUCAUUGCUGAGUAGCGUUUGUCCCAUUGUAGCUGUGUCCCCCUUUCACCCACUCACCUGCUGAUGGACACAGGCAGCUGCCCGGUUCCGACUCUUGAUGUUCCUCCUCCUCCUCCUUCUCUUUCCUCUGUUACCCGAGUGCUGGGAUUAAAGGCUACAGCACAUCUGCAUGGCUUCAUAUUCUUUUCCUAAAAGGCAAAAUUUUAUUUUUGCCCAAUUUUGUUUUGGUCCUUUUUUUUUAAACAUGUAUUUAUUUGUGUGUGUGUGUGUAUGUGUGUAUGUUUGUGUGUGUCUGUGUGUAUGUAUGUGUGUAUGUGUGUGUAUGCAUGUAUGUAUGUGUGCAUGUGUGUGAAUGUGUGUGUAUGCAUGUAUAUGUGUGUAUGAAUAUGUGUGUAUGUGUGUAUGUGAAUGUUUGUGUGUCUGUGUGUGCAUGUGUAUAUGUGUUGUAUAUGUGUGAAUGUGUGUGAAUGUGUGUGUAUGUAUAUGUGUGUAUGAAUAUGUGUGUGUAUGUGUGCGUGUGUGAAUGUGUGUGAGUGUGUGUGUGAAUGUGUGUGUGUAUGCGUGCGUGUGUGAAUGUGUGUGUGUGUGUGUGUGUGUGUAAGCUGAAGGAUAAUUUGCAGGAGACAGUUCUCUUCUUCUAUCAUGGAGGUGGUAGGACUUGAACUCAGUUCCUCAGGCUUGAUCUUGCUGAUCCUAAUUAUUUAUUUUUUCAGUCAAAUAUUUUAGAUUAGCAUACAAAACAAUGAGUUACACUGUGGCUUCUUCAUACAGAGUUAAAAUAUACUUAUGUUCUGGUUAGCAUACAAAGAAAUGGGUUUCGUUAUCUCAUUUCCACACAGCCAUGUUUCAUUCUUAUUUGCCCCUUCCCUCUCCCUUUUGCCAGUCCCCUCCCUCUCAGGUUCACCCCUCUUCUGCUUUUGUGUUUUACUCUCUUACCGGUUCCUCUCCCUACCUUCCCUCCCUUUAGACCUCCUCCUCCCCUCUCACAGUCCCCUUCUACAUUCAUGCCUCAAUUUUAGAUUUACAGAAAAUCUACAAAACUCAUCUGAGUUCUGUUCACCCUUCACCUGGUUCCCUAUGGUCACCAUCUUGUGUGAACAACCCAUGUUUAUCAGAAGCAGGAUAUUAAAACGGAACUAUCAGCCUGGCCUUUAGUCCUGGUACUCAGGAGGCAGAGGCAAGAUUUCUGUGAGUUUGAGGCCAGCAUGGCUCCAGUCAGGGCUACAUAGUGAGACUUUUACACAAUUAAAUAAUUAAUGAAAAUGGAAUAGAAACCUUACUUAUUUUCUGACCCAGAGUCCCAUCCUGGUCCCCACGUUGUACCGGUGGUAUGUCCCCUGACUCAGCCUUCCUGUUUCCCAUGGCUUUGAGGUUGGAAAGCCACUGAUGUUACUUGGAGAGGUUUGCUAGUUGAGUUUUAUCUGGUGUGUCACCAUCUGAAGGAGGGUGUGAUCUGGGACUAGAAGCCCUCAGCAGAGACACUGGAUGCAAAGUGUGGUCAUCCGGCUGUUCCCAGCACCAGUGCCCCCACCCUGUGAGAAGUGCUCAGUAACGGGAGCUUCCCUUUGCUAGUUGGUCAAUGUCACACUGAGCCAGUACAAUCCUCCCAGCUUCUCCUGCUCACCGGAAAUGUCGACACUUGCAUCUCGUGGGUUCUGAUGGGGAGCUCCCAAGGCUGCUAGCCCCUUCCUCCCAUUCGCAUCCAUUAAGUGGAGUGAUGAGGAAAGGUGGUUCCCACUCCUGGGCGAUGGACCCAGGUAGUUACUUUACGCCAAGGCUAAAUUCCAGCGACAACAACCUUUACUUAGCUCUACAAAUGUCUCUAGCUUCAGCUUUCAGAGACAGGGAGGCCUCUGCAAGCUUCCCAUGAGCCCGGGUGUAGCGGUUUGAACAGGAAUGGCCCUCGUAUUCCCAUGUGUUUGAGUGCUUGGCCCAUAGGGAGUGGCCCUAUUAGGAGGUGUGGUCUUGUGGAGUAGGCGUGACUUUACUGGAGGAAAUAUGUUGCUAGGGGGGUGGGCUUUGAGGUCUCAUGAGCUCAAAACUAGGCCGAGUGGCUCACAGUUCUUUUUCUAUUGCCUGCUGGUGCAGACGUGGAACUCUGCGCUACCUCUCCAGCAUCACGUCUGCCUGCAUGCUGCCAUGCAUUCUGCCAUGACAAUAGUGAACUAAGCCUUUGAACUGUAAGCCAACCCCAAUUAAAUCUUUUCCUUUUUAAGUGUUGCUGUAGUCAUGGUGUCUCCUCACGAUAAAACCCUAACUAAGACACUGGGACAGGAGAGAGGGUCUCACUCUGUAGCCCAGGCUGGCCUUGAACUAAGAACCCAGUGCCUUAGCCUCCCUUAGUGCUGGGAUAACAGACAUGCACUCACUGUACCAGCUCUGUGUCCCAAGCUUGAUGCCUGCUGUUUGCUCUUGCUUCUGGAACUUUAUUGAUCUUUUUUGCCUGAAAGCCUUGAGGAUUUUGUUUCUUUAGCUUUGAUGUCUCAUAGUUUUAGUAGAUAUGUGUUGAAGCCAAUAAACUGGAUUUAGUUCUCAAGGGACCUGGUGAGUCCUUUGAAAUUCAGGUGGUUUUAAAAUCUACAUGGGAAGCUUUCUUGUUAUAGCUUUAUAUUUUAUUUAUUUAUUUAUUUAUUUAUUGUUUGUUUGUUUGUUUGUUUUUUGGAUAUUUUGGCUAUAUAUAUGUCAGUGCAGCAUGUGUGUGCAGUGUCCAAGAAGGCCAGGAGAGGGUGUUGGAUCCCCUGGAACUGGAGUUAAAGAAAGCCUGACUCUCUGUGUGGGUGCUGUAAUAAACCGCGCCCUCUGGAAGGGCAACCAGUGCUCUUAACCACGGAGACGGUCUCCAGUCUUCCCGGUUAUAGCUUUAAAUAUGAUCUUUGUUUUGCUAUUCUGUUCUUAUCUGCUUUUUGGCCCCUUUGUCUGUUUUUGCCUCAGUCUCUGUUUCCUGUCCUCUUUUCUCCUCUUCUCUUUUCCUUUCUUGAGACAUGGUCUCAUUCUGUAGCCCAGGGUGGCUUGGAAUUCACUGUGUAUCCCACCCCGACCUUGAACUUACCAUGAGUCUGCACAGUCCACUCAGGUGGCUGAAGAUUAAGAGCAUGAGCCAUGUGCUGGCUCCUAUUCAUACUUUUCUUUACUCUCUUUUGUUCUUGUCUCUUCUCUCCUCUCCUCUGCUCUCCUCUCCUCUCCUGUCCUCUCCUCUGCUCUCUCUUCUCUUCUCUUCCCCUUUGUCAGGGUCUCUACACAUAGCCCUGACUGGCCUGGAGCUCACUGUAUUGACUAGGCUUGCUUUGAAGUCAGAGAAAUCCUCCUGCCUCUACUUUCCAAGUGAUGAGAUUAGAAACAUGCUACCACACCUAGGCCUUUUACUGUUUUCUUUAUGUCAUUUUAUUUUUUAAGAUUACCUGGCUUAUUGAUUCUUCAAUGCUUCUUUUUAUUUUUUAAAUUAUUUAUUGUGUAUAUAUCAUACAGCUUUCUGCCUGCAUAUAUGCCUGCAGGCCUGAAGAGGGCACCAUAUCCCAUUACAGAUGGUUGUGAGCCACCAUGUGGUUGAUGGGAAUUGAACUCAGGACCUCUGGAAGAGCAGGCAGUGCUCUUAACCUCUGAGCCAUCUCUCCAGCCCCCUUCAAUGCUUCUUAUUAAAUCAUUUGAGUCUAUUCUCCCUGAGCAUUUCAAAAUUAAUUUCUCAUUUUAAGGUAUUUUUGAUGUUUCUUCUUCCCCCUCCUUCCCUACCACCACCACCACCUCCUCCUCCUCUUCCUCUUCUUCUUCUUCAUCUUCUUUGUCUUCUUCUUCUUUCCCCCUCCCCAUUCUCUCUCUCUCUCUCUCUCUCUCUCUCUCUCUCUCUCUCUCUCUCUCUCUCCAUUUUGCUUUGUGGUAUUUCUUGUUUUACUUCUUGUGGCAGGAUCCCAUGUGGUCCAAGUAGGCCUUGAACUCAUUGUAUAGCUGAGGCUGGCCUUGAACUACUGAUCCUCCUGCCUCUACCUGCAGAGAACUGGGAUUAUAGGUGUUUGAACCAUGUGCAGGUUGGUUUUUCAUUUGUUUUGUUUUGUUUUGUUUUGUUUUCUUUUGCUUUGCUUUUGUUGGUGUCUUGUUUUUUGUUGUUGGUUUUCUUGGCUUUCCUGUACAAGACUGCUGAGUGGCACAUUCUAUCAGGUUGAUGGAAUCCAGACACUUGAAUGACAGCUUUCUCCUCCUUUUCUCUCUCCUUCUUCCAUAGAUCAUCCUUCUCCCCCUUUCCUUCCUCUCUGUGUAGUCCAGACUUGCUCUGAGUUUGCUUGUUCACUGACCUCAGCUUUCUCAGUAUCAGGACUAUAGCUGUGGACACUAUGCCUAGCAACCAUUGCCUCUUCAGGCAAGUCCAAUGGCACAGAGGUACCAUCCCAGAGCUUAGAUUUUUAUGGGUGGCUCCGAGGAUUGAACCUAGGACUUCAAACUGGCUACAUAAAGCACUCUGCUGCAGAACUACAUCCCCACCCCUACCUUUACCUGUCUUUAAGUCAUAAGUCUGCCUGUCUGCUCUUUUCCCAAAAGGGGCCUUCUGUGUUCUUUGAGAUCCCUGCUGUGACCUGGCCGGCAACUGCCCUGCCCAGUUUCCUCUGGCUGGUGGCUCUCACUUGCCUGGGCUGUGUGCUAGCUCCUUCCUCUCCUGUCUGUUUCUGGAGUGUGUUCUGGGCCUGCCUUUGCUUGCCUGGAGGGCCCACGGUUGGAGAGGGCAAGCAGCAGGAGUGAUACAGGCUGGGGUCUGCUCCGUUUCCCUUUUACUUUCAUUUGCUUGGCAGUUUUGGUAUUUUCUGUCUUUAAGUGUAGAUCUGUGAAGAUCAAGGGUGUAGAUCUGUGAAGACCUUUUAAGGUGGUGAAAUUAGUUGUAUGGUUUAGGGAGUUGGUUAGGGAAGUUAGAUCUUCCGUGAUGAAAGAAAGUUCUUUUUGUUUAACUUUUUACUGAUUCUUUAUGAAUUUCACAUCAUGCACCCCAAUCCCAAUCAUCUUCCCAUUCUGUUGUACUAGCCCUCCACCCUUGCAACCUCUCUCUCCACAAAAGAAAAAAAAAAGUCUUGUGGAAGUUGCAGUGUGUCACAAUGUGUCCCCCAGUAUAUCCUUUUGUCCACACAUCUUCACUUGUAAAUACUUAUUCCAACGGUCAUUGGUCUGGUUCAAGGCCUCUUAGUUCUGCUACACUAUCAAUACUUGAUCCUCAUGGGGACUCCUCUAAGAUACCCUGGUGUCCUGUGUCAUGGAGAUCCUGCAGCUUUGGAUCUGCAGGACUGGCCUCUUCAUAUGCUAUAGCAGGUCAUAGAUGGAGUAGAUAUUGGGGUGAACCAAAUCAAAGCCCUGGAUCUGGUAGCUGAGCUGGUCAGCCUGCCUGAUCUCCUGCACCCACACCACAAGGGCAGGCUCUCCAGCAAUGCCCUGGCUGGCCAGCUCAUCCAGUACUGCAAUCUGCAAGGGACAGACUCAUGCCCUCCCACACCAGCAUGGACAGCUCUAUGUGUUGCCCAGGUGAAGUGCAUGGCCCAUCCACCCAGGCCCCAUGGUGUCAGAGGGGGAGCAGGAGGUGGGCAUCUCUCCACCUGGACCCCAUGGCACCAGACUGGGAGGUUGGCUCAGACUUGUUCCCUGCCUAGGUCCUGUUGUGCCAGGCUAGGGGGGUUGUCUCAGGCAUGGUCUGACCAUUCUUGUACAAGUCUGUGGACACUUAAGUAUUUUGGGGGCAAUUCCUCAGAGUAGAACUGCUGAACCAUAGGAUAGGUGUGUGUGUGUGUGUGUGUGUGUGUGUGUGUGUGCGCGCGCGCGCGCGCGCGCGCGCGUGCACAUGCACGCGCUCAUAUGCACAUGCAUGUGGAGGUUGAUAUCAGUAUCUUCCUAAAUAUUCAUCUUUACUUUUUGAGGCCAGGGCAUGGUAGUGGUGGUGUGCACUUUUAAUCACACCACUCGGGCAGAAGCAGGCAGUUCUCUGAGUUCAAAGCCAUCCUGGUCUACAGAGUGAGUUCUAGGACUACCAGUGCUAAACAAAGAAACCAUGUCUUGAGAAAAAUAAAACAAUACUUUUUGUGGUAGGAUCUCUGGAGCUCACUGAUUUCACUAAAUUGACUGACCAGCAAGCCUUGGGAUCCUUCUAUUCCUGCCUCUCAGCUGACGGUUCUAGAGCUAGCCACUGGCACUCAGGCUAUUCCUUCUGUCUCCCCAUGAGCUCUUCAACAGCUGUGAAAGUUGGGCUUGAGCAAGACUUUCACCUGAGUUCUUUAGUUCUUUGUUUUGUUUUUGUUUUUCAAGACAGGGUUUCUCUUUGUAGCCCUGGCUGUCCUGGAACUCUCUUUGUAGACCAGGCUGGCCUCGAACUCACAGAGAUCCACCUGCCUCUGUCGCCCAAGUGCUGGGAUUAAAGGUGUGUGCCACCACACCCAACUGAGGCCUUUGGUUCUUGGUUAGCAGCAAAACCGGCUCACCACCAAAGGCCUCAGACUCUUCUCAGCAUCCUCACAGACAGCCUUAGAGAGGCUGGAGCAGGUAUGAAGUGGGCUGACACAGUACCCAUGAUGAACAUCUUCCCUGAGUGACACAAAGCACAUGAAUUUGUGCCUUGUUGCCUUGUGUAGAGUGAGCAUCACCGGCAUUUGAGAUGUGAUGUGAGGAAUUAAGGUACCACCUUCCUGCCCCAGCAGUAGAGGGUGCUAGGUGCCAGUCAGCUUUCCCAGGUUGCCUGGCAACUGCCAUGGAACCUAGAGGAGGAAAAAGAGAUGGUGGCAAAGCAGAACCAUGGUCCAUGUGCCAGCAGAGCCAGCUGGCAGGAUCGGGGCAUGGAGACUGCCUCAAGCCUCAGCUUUAAUUAAUGCCUGCCCGCAUGUGUUUGUCCCUGCCUGACCUUCCUGCUUCUCUCUGAUUGACAUCUUAAACCAUUUGUUUGAACGUGGGGACUUUGUCAGCAGGAGCUUAGCAUUGGUGUCCUGGUUUUGACCCCUCUCCCAUCAAAGGUUGUACAACUUCAUGCCAAUAAUCAGUCUUCUCUACAUGUGGGUGUCAAACCCCAAUUUCCUUAUCUGGUUCAAAGACCCUGAGAAGUUUUAGCCCCACCUGUGCACUGGAAUUUGACAGGAAACCAUGUUAUUCCAAAUGAAUUUUCAGUGUUGUUGACCCUGGUCUACCUGGGCACUGGUGCUACCCCGUCUGCCUGUUUGCCUGCCUGUCUGUCUGUCUGUCUGUCUGCUCUUAUCAGCAUUGGCUACAAACUUGUCAUUAUGUUUGGGUGAGGUUUCUGUUCCUAUGAUAUUCAGCUUACAAAGAAGGAAGGUUUGUUUGGUUCAGGAUCGUAGAGGCCGUGACUAACUUCCAGAGUCACAGCCUUGCACAGCAUAGCACAGGAGGCCGCUCAUCUAGUGGUGGUCAAUAACUGCAGUUCUGGUGUCCCCUUCGAUGCACACCCUCUAACCUAGCACCCUCUGCUAGGACCUAACUCUUAAAGGUUCUACCACUUUCCAGACUUUCAAACUUUAUCUUUGGAGAAUAUUCAUUCAAGACACAGUGGUGUUCAUGGAUCAAAGUCUGGCUCUAUAGACUAAAAUCUGGGCACAGCCUGGUCCUGUCCCCAGUGGUUAGUGGGAUUUGGGCACCUCCUCUUGCCUUGCCAAGUCCUGCCUUCUCAACACCUUGACCUUUUCCCCAGCUCAGCCUAUGAGGGUGGGUAAGGAAGGUGCCCAGAGUCAGAUGCCUGGAAGUAGUAAAUACAGCGUGUCUCUGAUGCUCUUGUAGCUUACUGCUUACAAGUUGUCCACAAGCAGGAUAAAAGCCUUAGAGAUGCACAUGUCUAAUAACCUUGGCAUUGAGGGAAGUCCCAGAGGUGAGUCUCACAGGUGGAGAAGGGGUAUCAGGCUCUUUAGAAGGAUGUGGGUGGUGUGGAUCUUCCUGACCCUGUCACGGGCUUUCAGUGCUUGCAAAACAUCCUUGCUCCUGAGUAUAAAGGCACUGAACUGCCUGCCUUGCCUGGCCUGCAUGCUCUGUCCUCACAGUAAUGAUGAGUGGGCCAUAAAAGCUUUGAAAGAACAAAGCAGUUCUUCCUUAGACUCAACACUUUAAAGCCUCAAAUCAGACUCUGCCUGCUGCUGUCUGGGUUGCUAGGUAUGUCAGGUAAACAGGGCUCAUCGUAGUGGACUGCUGUUGCAAGUGGAACUCACAGCAUAGUUUAUCAACACUUAUGAAUGAGAGUGGAAGUUUUCCUUGUUGCCCCGAAGGCGAGCUGCCUCUUCAGGGUGUUACAGUGGCUCCUUUAGUUCCUGUGGCCACAGAUUGUGACGUGGGCAGACAUCUCUUAAUGCCUGCAUCGUCCACACUGAAUUUAGCACCCAAGGGGAAUUUAUGGAGGUUCAGGGACUUGGUCACAGCAUGCAUAUAGAGUCAGUAGCAGAUGAGUGUCCCCAGCAGGUGGACAUAGGUAGCAGACCCUCUGAGGCUUGCAAGUGAGGAGACCACAAAGCAUGUGGAAGUAGGGACUGCAGAGAGCAGAGGGGCUUCUGUCCAGGGGUUGAGCUUGGACUGGGUUAGUUAGGUGGCUGGAUCGGGGGGGAGCUUCCCACAGGACUGGUUUAGGGCUGGGGGACUAGUACAGGGCAGAGAGUUUCCCACAGGGUAGGCAGGGAUGCAUGCCCUCUUCCCAUUGCAGUUUUGGAGUGCGUCUCCUACAUCCCUGGGCAUCUUUGUAUAAAGGCAACCAAAGCCCAGCAUACAGCAUACGCUCACAAGCGUUUCCUAAGGAGGUUAAGGACUUAGUCCCUGGCCUUGUGUACCCAGGCCAUCUUCCUAUAACACACCAUUUGGUUUUCUUCUUAAGCACUUAAAAAAAGAGGCUGGAGUGAUGACCCAGUGGUUAAGAGCACUGUCUGCUCUUUCAAAGGACCCAGGUUCAAUUCCCAGCACCCAUAUGGCAGCUCGCAACUGUCUAUAACUCCAGUUCGAGGGGAUCCGAUGCCUUCACGCCAGUGCACCUAACAUAAAGUUCAAUAAAUCAUUAACAGCAUUUAAAAUUACAUUUAUGGGGCUGGAGCAAUGGCUCAGUGGUUAAGAGCACUGACUGCUCUUCCAGAGGUACUGAGUUCAAUUCCCAGCAACCACAUCUAUCUCACAACCAUCUCUAAUGGGAUCUUAUGUCCUCUUCUGGUGUGUUUGAAGACAGCUACAGUGUACUCAUAUAUAUAAAAUAAAUAAAUCUUUAAAAUUACAUUCAUUUAUUUUUGUGUGGAGUACAGCAUGUGUGCAGGUUAGAGGACACCAUGGGAGUCGGUUUCUUUCCUUCUAACAUCUGAGUCCCGGGACUGAAGUCAGAUUCUUAUGAUUGGUAGAUUCUUAUGAUUGCCCUCUGAGCUAUCUCACCAGUCACCAGAAACUUGUUUCUCUUCAUCAUUCUUUCAGCUAUGGUGCCUCUUGCGUGGAUUCUCCUGUCACCUAUGCCCUUAGUGGCCUCUCGUUCUUGAUCUACCUUGGGUGCUGCUCUUCUGUACCAGGUCUGUUUGCAUUUGUGAUCUGCUCUGAAUGUGUCAUGCCAAGACUGUGGACUUGGUGCAGAAAGGGACUAGAUUCCUGCUGUGAACUGCUCUCGCAGGCCUCUGAACUAUAGAGCUCUUCCCUACCCAUAGCCCACAGGCGUAACUAGCAAAGCUCCAUUCUACACGCAUCCUACAAGAUCCCCGACAUGACUGAAGUCUGCUUAGAUCUCUGUGAGUCCACCGUGGGUGGAACCGGGGGGGUCUUCACAACCUUAGAUAAGUCCAGGGGGAGGAGGGAUGACUGAUGCCUCUCCUAUAUGGAAAGAAGCUGUUGUCUUUGCCAUUGGAGUUUGAAAAGGAGGUGGUUGCUAGGUGACUGGUGGAACAGCUGGCCUGGGCUCUCCUGGUCUGAGCAGUGAAGACCUAUAUCAGGCAUGGCAGCUGUCACUGGAGCACAGAGAGUUUCUCCUGCUCCUGACCCUACCAUGACUGGUUCCAGGUCUUCCAAGUAUACUGGGAGACAUUGAUGUGGCUGCUCCCUGACCUUCUUAGCCUCUGAAACUCAUUUCUGGGCCUUGUCCUGGAGCAAAGAGAUUCUCCCUGGUGGCUCAGCCAGAAUGUGGAGACCUGUGUGCUUCCUCUGACUUCUCAGAGAAGGAGCCCUGUGUGGAGGCUCUGCAGAUACAGGGCCUCUCUCCCAGCUCUACAUCUGGGAGGCUGAGUGUUUUGUGGCUUUUCUUGGGGAGGUGCUAAAAAGAAAUCUAUUCCCCCCAAGAAAGAUAGGCCAUCAACCAAACAAGGAAAGGGUUCAAUCUAAGCCCAGGUUAGUGAGUUUGGGUUACUUAUGGAGCAUGGGGGAUUUACCAUUGGGAAGUCCCUUGGGUGACUUACAGGCAGCUACACUUCUGUAAGUUUCUCAGUCAACUGAUUGGUUUUUACAUAUUGACAAUCGGCAUCUUUGGGAAGUUUAGAAACUACUUAUGGAUCUCAGAAAGGCCUUGUGAGUCUUGAGACCCUCUUCCCUCCUUCCAGGAGAGAACAUAAUGGGCACAAUUCCACAAAACCUGGAGGAGGUCAUCAUAGCUACUCUGUUGCAAGAUGCUGGUGGUUAUGACAGUAAAGUCUGGAGGAAACAGCUGUACCACACUGGCUUCAUCCACUACCCAGAGGAACUCAACCCACUCUCCCCAGGAACCCUUGAUGGCAUUUGAUAUAUCUUGUGGUCACUGUCAUCUUGAACUCUAUAUCUAACAUCCUCAGAAGUUCCGUGCUUCUCUCCCCUGAUACAGUCUCUGUGAGGGGUAGCUGCAGGCCUAUCAGUAGAGAGGAGGAGAUCAGGGUGUGCUCGUGACUAUUCCACAUAGGUGAUGUAAUUCCUCGGAGAUUGGCUCUCCCAUCAUCCAGACUCCCACCCUGGAUUCCAGACUGUCAUCCUGGGUUGCAAACUCCACUGUGAGUUCCAGACUCCCAGCCCGGGAUUCAGACUCUUUGCCCUGGGUUAAGGCUUCCUUCUGUGGGGUCCAGAUUCCCACCAGGGGUUCCAGACUCUCACUGUGGGUUCCAAACUACCCUGCCAUGUUCCAGUCAUCCUCCUUGAAUUCCAGACUCUUUUUCCUGGGUUCCAGACUCCCACCGUGGGUUCCAGGUUCUCACCCAGGGUUCUAGAUUCCCACUAUGGUUUCCAGACUCCAGUUUCCCAUUGUGGAUUCCAGAUGCCCUACCCUGGGUUCUAGACUCCCAUCUAGACUCCCAACUCUGUAUUUCAGGCUCCUUCUUUAGCUCCCAGAAUCAUAUUUUGGGGAUUUCUACCACCAGACCCUGACCCCAGGCACAGGCUGUCAGCUUGUGUUCAAUCACAUUCUUCUCCUCCUCCUCAUUGGGAUUUGAGACCAGGUCUGUUUUAGGAAGGGAUCAGUGAUAGGGGUGACCACUUCAGGGAGGGAGGGUAGGACCAUCCACAGGGUGUGUGUGUGCGGAUUACUGUUAUCUGGCUCCUGUGAUUGGCUGCGUUUUGGCUGUCAUCCCCCAGCACCAAAAGCAUGUGGACUAAAGCUCACAGUUGCCAUCCUCAGAAAGGGAAGGGGAGUGCAGAAUGCCCCCUCCUGACCUUGCUGGCAGGACAUUGCUUAUGUGUGCAUUUCGUGAAGGAAACUGCUUCUAGAGGGCGGAGAAGGUCCUGGGCCACAGCCUGUGGUAGCAGCAAAGCUAGCACCCGGAGUGUGCAGGAAUACAUGGCCAAGCACUCUGCCAGGCCAUGCUUGGACAGAGGGUGUUGAGAACAUACACAGCCUUUCGGUUGGUAUCAGGACCUCUGGCUGAGACCGGUGCAGAGCACACAGGUGAACCCAGCUUACAGCCAAAGCCAAGAGACCAGCAGUCAUGCUCACGGCCUAAAAGCUUUGCCUCUCUACAGCCCCACGGAAAGUUACCUUCUCCCUUCCAAUGUGGCAGGGAUGUGGGGCCCUCAGUGCUGGGUGCUCUGGCUGAAGGCAGCAGCUGUGCCCCAUAUUAACCCACGUGAAAGCGGCACCAUCCUCUUCCCUGCUCCGCCAGCAUGAAUGCUGUGCAUUCUCUGCUAUGGCCCGCAUGACAUAUGCCAAUUAGCAGUGAGCAUAAUGGUGCUGUGUUCACUUCGCACACUGAGUGCAAGUCAGAGAGAGGACCUGCCAUCAACCGUUCUCAGGGCCAGAUUGCUGUUUUGUGGGAUCCUUAGCCCUCCUUCCUAUGAGUGUGUGCUGGCCCACAUCUCUCCUGGGCACUGCUCAGGUCUCAAGGCUCCUAGAGAUGAGUAUGCAUGGUACCCUAUUGGUGCUUCCCCAGAACCUGUGAGUGCCACUGUCUCCGGAGUGGACCCAGCCCAGGCCUUGGAGCCUAGCUAGUAUGGGAGAUUGGUCAGUGACUUUGUGCAUGUGCGUGUGCGUGCGUGCAUGCAUGCAUGCGUGCGUGCGUGUGUGUGUGUAUUCUCACCUGUCACACAGUGCCAUGGGAAGAGCUGCAUCAGGGGUAGGAGAUCACACUCUUCUGGGUGGAUGGCACUAUUGACAAUGCUUACCUUAGGUUUCAGAGUCCCAGUUGUGAUUCACUGGCCACCCCUUCCAGGCUUGUGGUAUCCAUCCCUCAGCACAGCUCCCAAGGUGGUUCCGAUAGAUGGCGGCUGCUGACUUGUCUAACCCUGGGCAGUCAGUCACAGUGAUGCCAAAGCAGUGUCAGCUACACACCCGUACUGGAACUUUCUUUGGGUUUUGCAGGUAUGAAAAAAAAAGCUUUCUUCCCUUCUAAACUUCGCUUCUUUUCUGGGAGGCCCCGUGCCAUCCCCUCUGUUGCCAGUGUCUGGCAGGCAGGGUGGGGACAUCGCUAUAGUGCAAAUGGUGGCACUGGCUGUGCUGCCACCGGCUUUUUGUUUUCUAGCUGAGGAUAGUAUUGCUUUUAUAGAAGCCAAGCUUUGCUGUGUUUCUGUGGAUGUGGGAAGGGACUCUGACAUCUCCAGCAUCCACCUAUUGCUGCAUACUUAACAGUGUGACCAUGGCCACGGUGAGGAGGCAACCCCAACCAUGUAUAAAAGCAGAGGUCAGGACCAGGCUCAUUAUUCUUGUCUUCCGAUUUCCACCUCCACAAUGACAGGUGACACUAAGCCAGCCCGAGAAUGCCCCAGCCUCAAGUGCCACACUGAAGCCAUUAGCUCUACAAUGCAGGGCUCUGAGGGCCCUCAGGAGAAUCUGGCAGCUGUUAGUUUGCAAGCGUCACAGACUGUUGCAGAGGCCCUAUCCACUCACAGUGGAGGUGGGGACAAAUUAGAGUGUUGGCCUGAGCUACCCAGGCUACACAGCCACCCACCACAGUCAUCAGCUACAGCGACCCUCCGUAGUCGGGCAGCCAGAGAAAAAACUUACUUCAACCUUGAGGGGUGCUGGGAGGGUCAGAGUACAGACGCUACUUUAAGAAAUAAAUAGAAUCACUGAACUCCCGCUACAUGCUCCUUCACCAACUCUUAUGAUGCUGGGCUUACAUGCCUCUGGAAUUGGCUCUACCCCAGGUUCCAGAGGAAGAGAUGGAGAGAUAGACAAGGAAGAGAGAAAGGGAGAGGCCGGUUUAGGCCUCAGAAAUAGGAACCCUGGACUAAAAGCCCAAGAGCCACAGCUGUAGCUGCUGGGUCCAGUGGCACAUCUCCCUUUCUAACCCAUGUGCAUUUUCUUACCAUUCAUAGGCAGGACUGGGAGGCAAACUCUACUGUAGGAAGCUGCAACUUAGACCCUGCUUAGUUAGUGCUCACCCCCACCCCCUCCAGCUACCUGAUAUGAGAUCAGAUUAAAAACUUCCACUAAGCCCCAAGAAAAACGUACCUGUCACCAUCAGCUCUGUGUGGAAGCAUUUUAGGGAGACCAUGAAAAGCCAGGUCUUUCCUUCCCCACCCUCGAGGCUUGCCUUGAAACUUUCCAUUGUAGAGGCAAUGGUGAGGUGCGUCUGCAUGGUACCCUGGUCAGCAGGGACAGUGAGCCACAGAUCUGAGGUUCCCCUGGAGGGGCAUGACGAAAACAACAUAAAGGCUCUAAUAGAUAUAAAAGGAGAAUUCUGUAAAUGGCAGCAUCCAUUCGUGGUGACAAAACACAAACCUUUAGCAAAUUCGGAAUGCGGGUGGGCUCUCGAACCCAAUGAAAGGAGCCCAGUGGCUCCUGCAGCCAACAUGGUGCUCCAGGGGAGACCAUUGGGAAUUUCUCAAGUCUGAACAGGAAGAGGCUCCCUUAGUGUUCUCAAGUAUUACUGUUACUUCUCCAAGGUAACAAACCCCAGCAUAGGUAGGAAAAUCAAAAGUAGAAUUGGGAAGGAAAAAAAAAAAAACCCCGACAUCAUCCAUACAUGAUAUCAUCUAUGCAGAAGACAUGCAUGUAUAUGGAACAAACUUUCAGAGCUUUUUAUUAGUUUAUCAACUUUCUAGUCCAAAGCCAAUAUCAGAAGGACCACUGGCAUUUUAGUGAGGGUUCUCUAGAAGAACAGAGCCAAUGGCAUAUAUAUGCAUAUGUUGUAUGUAUAGAGAGUUUAUUAAUUCCAGCUCUAAAAUGAUAAUAACAGGGGCUGGAGAGAUGGCUCAGCAGUUAAGAGCACCCGACUGCUCUUCCAGAGGUCCUGAGUUCAAUUCCCAGCAACCACAUGGUGGCUCACAAUUAUCUGUAAUGGGAUCCGAUGCCCUCUUCUGGUGUGUCUGAAGACAGCUACAGUGUACUCAUCUACAUAAAACAAAUAAAUAAAUCUUUAAAAUGAGAGCAGCUAAAUUACCCCUGAGUUGCUGAGAAGCCUUUAGUUAUUUAUUCCAUGAGGCUUGACUGCCUCAACAGCCACACAGUAGCUGCCUCUCACUGGGUAACAACUGCUAGCUACUCAGUCUAUAAGGCAGGUUCCCUAGUUCCAGUCUGGUGUCCGGAGCCUGAAAGGUUCCUGAGGAUUGGCUGUCUCCUAAUCCAUGAUGGAAGCUUGGAAAGUCUGGCUUUGUCCACAGGGAGGGACCUGGUGAUAGCAGCAACAGGGCAAAUCUACUCAGGAAGGAGCAAGAGUGGGGCCGAGAUGGCAACAGGGAGGGUGACCCUUCUUUUGAUACAUUUUUUCCACUGGACUGCUACCAGAGGUGCCAUCCACAAUCAGGCUGGGUUUCCCACCCCAAUGGAGACAGUUGGGACAGUUAUUCAGGUCAGGAUCCCUACUCAGGUGACUCUAAUUCGUAGCAAGCUGACAUUUAAACCAGCCACAGUAGCUGGCAGUCUCUGCACCACCUUCUUGCUACUUAUGAUGAAAAACAGUACGUGUCUUCCAUAUGGUUCUCAAAUGUUAGGCACCUGGUUACUUGCAUCUGAAGUCAGGCACAACCUUUCGGAUAAAAUUAUACAGCUCCACUGAUAGGGUGGUUAUCGUUAAUUGUCAGUUUGACAGAAUCCCAGAAUUACCCAGGGGCUGGGCCUCUGGGCAUGCAUGUGGAUGGUUUAGCCUCAUUGAGGUGGGAAGAUCUGCCCACUGUGAACAUUGCUGGGGUGGAGAUCCUGGAGUGAAUGGAGAACAGAGAGAGAGCCAUGCAUGCAUUCAUUGUUCCCUGUGGCGGAUGGUGGAUGUGACGUGACAAAGUGCACCAAACUCCUCACGGUAAUAAACUGCACCCUUGAACUGAGAGCCAGAAUGCGCACUUUCUCCCUCAAGUCGCUUUUGUCAGAUUUUUAGUCACAGAAACAUGAAAAGAAACUAAGACAACAAAAACAGCUUGUGUGCAUGUGCGUGUGUGUGUGUGUGUGUGUGUGUGUGUGUGUGUGUAUGUGUGUGUAUGCGUGUGUGUAUUGCUAAGGAUCAAACCCAGGGCCUUGUGAAAUCUAGACCAAAUCACAUACAAGAAGGCAAUGUCACGAUUUCUUUCCAGUGACCCUUUAACCUCAGGACAGUCCCAAAGUCCAAACAGGACUUCACUGAACGUGGCGCGUUGGCUCAGACAUUAAGUCUGAAUAGGAAGGCAGAGGACAGGAGCUUUCCAGACUCCAGACCCUUGUCCAGCAUUAGAGAGGUAACACUGGUGGCCAUGCCAGUGACAGAGGCCAGCACGUUGUGAGGUGGUUACAGCCAAGUAAGAGUCACCAGGCUAGCAGACAUGGGAAGACCACAGGUGGAAAUCAGAACUGAAAAUCCUUCCAAAGAAUUCCUAGAGGGCAGGCUAUGGAGGUACAGGUUUUUAACCCAAGCACUCGGGAGGUAGAGGCAGGCAGAUCUCUGUGAGUUCAAGGCCAGCCUGGUCUACAGAGGGAGCAGAGUGAGGUCCAUGACAGCCAGUGCCACACAGAGAAACCUUGCCUCAGGAAACCAAGAACAAACAAACAAACAAAAAACCAACCUCCUAAAGAAGACUUUUUACUUUACAAAGUAAGAUUUCUUAAGCAACAAAUAUAAUAAACAUCAUAAAAUACAGAAGAAAGGGUGAAUGAAAUGUUUAAGGUCCCUGUAGAGAGAAGACAAUCUAAAAAAUGAAAGAAAAAAAAAAAACAGUGACAAUUUCACCAGCAAGAGUUAAUAGCCAAGAAAGCCUCAUUCAAGGCAUCGAAGGACAAUUACUCCCAGAGAGAAAGAGGGUGCAGGAAGGGACCCUGCGAGCCAUGCACACAGAGGCCCGAGCAGCCAGCAAGAACAGCUAACAUGGUUCUCGCUGGUCAUUAGGGAAAGCAAAUCAUAUUGAGUCAGUGCAGCCAGUGUGGGGGGCAGCCAGGCAUGGGGAGGAAGCAGUUUACCACAACUGGCCACCUCUCGGGAGACUUCCAUGUUUAGCAAAGUCAAGAAUCCUGUUUCCCUUAGGUAGACACCCCUCCCUCCCACCUGGGGGCCUGCUUCAGAGACACCUGAGCAGGUGGGUGUGAGAUUCACACCAGAGUUUCAUGGUAGCGCCAUUUAUCAUAAUACGAAAAUGGAAACUCCUCACCAGUAGAGAGGAGGUGGGAAAUUCAGUGAUACGAUAUUGUUUUAUAUCCGUGGGGAUCCAGUGAAGAUGAAUGAAGAUCUGCCCACCCCAGUGUGGACAGACGUCAAGAGCACGAUGCUGGGCACAGGCUCUGCAGAGUGUGAUGUCACUUAUGCUGUGCUCCAUGACUCGUGAAGCAGUAACGGGAUGGUCAUGAAUAUAGACUCGUGGAGUGAAAGUACAAAGCCAUGAGAGAGUGAAAGGAGGUCUCAGUCACCAGCAAGUGUGUGCAAGGUGUGAGCAGGGAUGGGACACAGGAGCCCCACCAGAGAGGCUCCUGGCCGAUGCUGACUUGGUGGUAGCUUAGACAGGUGAUGGGGCUGUGAAGUGCCAGAGAGGCAGCGGCCAGGAGUCCACUCAGCUGAUUAGUGGGUAGGAGUCAGGAGCUGAAAUAGAAGGAAGAACGGACUUGUGGGGAGGACAGACUCUGAGAGACCAGUGGGGGGAGAAUGUAUGGAACUGGGUUGCCGGGUGAGGUGGCAGGUGGCUGGGUGUGGGGAUCACUGAGUAACCCAAGUUCUAAGGAGAACAGGUGACAGUGACCCCUAAAGGGAAGGGAAGAUGAGGGCGACCUGGCGGAGGUCAAUCCAGGGCCACUGGGUGACCAGAAAGAUGACACGAGAUUCCCUAAGGGGGCACAUUUGCCCAGGUGCUGUGACUCGAGUAGCCCUGUUAUUUGAAGUUCAGGCCUGAGACUGUAGCCUCAGGGUCCACCCCUGUUAGUCUGUUGACCAGGGAGCUGGGCCAUCCUGGAGGCUGAGCCCUGGAUGUAACAGUUGGAAAGGGUUGUGCAGGAGCCCCAGAAAGGAUUGCUGGGGUUUUUGUUUGUUUGCUUUAUUAUUUUCUCCUUUAUUUUCCAAAUUCUCGACAAUGAAUAGAUUUAUUUUUAAAUUAUGUGUGUGUCUGUGCCUAGCAUGGGUACUGGAAAUGGAAACCAGGUUCUCUGCAAUCAGAGUGCAUGCUCUUGAUGGCGGACUGUCUCCCCAGCCCCCAAAGAAUUUUUUUAAAGUUAGGGUCACACUGUUUAACCCUGGCUGUCCUGGACCUUACUUUGUAGUCCAGGCUGAUUUCAAAAUCAUAGCGAUCCAUCCAUCUCCGCCUCCUCUUUGAGCAAUGAGUAGAUUUUGUUUUUAUAGUUAGGAAACAUACAUCCUUUAAAUCAGCUAGCUGCUACUGAAGGGUUGUGCCUUAGUGUGGCAGACCCUGCCCCCUCUACUCCCACUCAGCCUGGGGACUCCAGAAGGAUGCAGUCCUUCUCUGAGGCCCAGGUAAGGACAGCCUUUGGGGAACGAAUUUUCGAAUUUUCGCAGUGACAAAUGAAUACAUCUACUCAACACAUUUGCAUAUGUUUGUUUUACAAUAAAAACCAGACUCCUCUGACUGAUAAUACAUAUUCAUUGUCUUAAAAAUGCAUGCAAUUCAGAAAUACGGAAUGCAAAGUGUCACCUACCUUGUCACUUAGAGGUAAAGCCUCUAAGUAUAUGCGUGUUCUGAUUUUUUUUUAAAAUGUGGGUUUCGGGGAUCAGACUUGGGUUAGGGCUUGUUCUGAGCUGUGCCCACAGCCCUUACUUUUUAUUUGUCUGUGAGUGUUAUGUGACUGAUGUGAGGAGUCCAUGCUAAGGUACUCAUGUACUCUUGCAAGCACAUAUGCGCACACACACACACACACACACACACACACACACACACGUACACCUAUGUGCAUGCAUGAGUGCGUGCACACACAAACACACACAUACACACAUACAUACACAAACACACACACAAACACAUGCACAAACACACACAAACAUACACACACAGACACACACACUUUGCAUACUUUUUUUCUUUCUCAGCAUACCAGGACUGGAGCCUGGGAUCCACCGUGUGGUGGGUAUCUGUAUACAUGUAGAGCCCUUUUAAAAACAGCAGCAGUGUAAGCAGUUUCUGUCUCACUGGUGGGCUGGGAGCUCAGACAGGCACUUGUCAAUGGUACCAUUUAUACACUAGUUCGCCUUUUGCUGUUGGGGUGAAUUCUUUUUCCACUGUUGGAUCUUCAGUUUGCUUCCGGUUUCCUGCUCUUGCACUAUUGGAAACGCUGCUAUAAUCCUCUUCAGAUGAGUCGUAUUUAGUUCUUACAGCACUGCAUGGCUCAGGGUGUAACUGAGUGGAUUGUAAAAUAAAGCAAAACCUGUGGACAUUAUAAUAGUUGCCAGCCCCUGACAGGGAGGGAAGAGGCCAUCCUGAGUGGACGCUGGGAUUCAGGAUAGCCCCACUCUGUUGAUGUUCUAGCUUCAUGGUCUACCUCGUGCUACAGCACAGGGGGUGGUUGAGAUCCUGACCUCAGUUUCCCCAUCCUGGCGACCCACUGGUUGGUUGUGAGGUUGAGGGCAGGUGGCUUGACCUAAGUUCCCUCAGCUGUGGAAGGCCAGAAACAGUAGCGAUCAGCUGUGGGGUUGCCAUGACUAGCGGGUGAGAUGGGACAAGAAGGAGUGUGGGACAGCAUCUGCUCAGAGCAUUACUACUGUGGCCACAAACUGCUCAUUUUUCCCAACAGAUUAUAACCUCCAGACCCAGGCGGACAGCAGCUAUCAGGCCUCCUGUCUCAGUAUGCUAUGUUCUACCACAUCAGUCUUCUCUGUGGAGUACAAUGCCUGCUGUUUUAGGGACAUGACUUUGGGGCCUGACUAGAAGAGGCUGGUGGGAGCAAAGUGGGGAUGCAGUGUCUCCCUGGUUAGCUCCAUAGAGCCAGGCCUGGAUUCUCAUAUCUAAACUGGACCAAGACUCAGUCAUAGCCACAGUUCUUUUCCUGGUGCUUAAGACCUGGCAGGGCAGCCAGGGUUACUUUGUUUCUUCCCUAGUUCAACCAAACCAGAUGGAGCCACAGUGCCCUCCUACUGGAGGGGGAACUCAGAAGGACCCCCCGCCCCCACUUUUCUUUUUUAUUUAUUUUAUGUGAGUACAUUGUCACUGUCCUCAGACACACCAGAAGAGGGCAUCAGAUCCCGUUGCCAUGGUUGUGAGCCACUAUAUAGUUGCUGGGAAUUGAACUCAGGACCUCUGGAAGAGCAGUCAGUGCUCUUAACCACUGGGCCAUCUCUCCAGUCCGAUCCCGCACUUUCUAAGGAGCUGUUUUUUCAGGGUGAGCUGAGUCACUUAGACUGUAGUGCUGAGCUUGAGUACGCUCUUCCACUUUUGUUAUUCAGUGUUUACCUAUGUGUCCUUCAGAAUGAAAAUACCCUUCUUAGUGGAAACACAUCACGCGAGUGACCUUACAGUGACAUAAAAUCCCUAUGGGGAUUCAGUGUCCCAGAGGAAGAGAGGAGCAGGAUGUACACAGAGGCAGCUUGUGAUAGAGAACGGCUGGAGUGGGAGCUGUCCAGCUCUGCCCUCCACUCCUCACCCUCCCGUUUAUGUGAGGACCUGUCUAGAUCCUCUCAAAAGCCAGCAUUGGCUGUAUAGCUCAGAGCAGUCAGGAUCCCCGGGGGCAGUACAGUGCUGGAGCCUCCCCAGUUGUUAUCCUGAACUCUGGGCCUCCACAUCCAGUGAGUGAGCCUAGGGUGCCAAGAGAAACCUCUGCCUUUGGGGAGAGCUCCAGCCAUGCUGGCUGCAGGGUUCUGCCUAGAAACAGCUGAAGAAAUGGUUCCUCCCCCUGGAUGUAAUCACAGCGUGGUAAAUUCCAUCUGAAAAAUAAAAGCGGACUUCUUUGCUGAGUCAUAGAAGCUUCAGAGCUGAUUUGCAGAACCCCGGCAAACAGAGAGAGCCACAGCAUCUAAAUGAGAGCUGGGCAAAGAGCAGAACCCGAGGUUUGAGAAUGUGACUGAGAAGAUGUAGCGGAGUGACACCUGCCAAGAGCUUGGCGUGGAUACCCUGGCCCAGCCGGAGCAGCUGCCCCUGGGCGUCUUUCUGGCCAUCCAGCCUCACCAUGUCAAAGAAGGGUGCAGGCAGCCGGGCCAAGGGGGACAAAGCAGAGACACUCGCUGCAUUGCAGGCUGCCAACGAGGAGCUGCGAGCCAAGCUCACGGACAUCCAGAUCGAGCUGCAGCAGGAGAAGAGCAAGGUCAGCAAAGUUGAGCGGGAGAAGAGCCAGGAGCUAAAGCAGGUACGUGAGCACGAGCAGCGUAAGCACGCCGUCCUGGUCACGGAGCUCAAGACCAAGCUGCACGAGGAGAAGAUGAAGGAGCUGCAGGCCGUGCGGGAGGCGCUGUUGCGGCAGCACGAGGCCGAGCUGCUGAGGGUCAUCAAGAUUAAGGACAAUGAGAACCAGCGGCUGCAGGCCUUGCUCAACACCCUGCGGGAUGGCGCGCCCGACAAGGUGAAGACCGUGCUCCUGUGCGAGGCAAAGGAGGAGGCCAAGAAGGGGUUUGAGGUGGAGAAGGUCAAGAUGCAGCAAGAGAUCUCAGAGCUCAAGGGGGCCAAGAAGCAGGUGGAGGAGGCAUUGACCAUGGUCAUCCAGGCCGACAAGAUCAAGGCUGCGGAGAUCAGGAGUGUCUACCAUCUGCACCAGGAAGAAAUCACCCGGAUCAAGAAGGAGUGUGAGCGUGAGAUCCGCAGGCUGAUGGAGGAGAUAAGAUUUAAAGACAGAGCAGUCUUCGUGCUGGAAAGAGAGUUAGGGGUUCAAGCCGGGCAUGCCCAGAGACUGCAGCUCCAGAAAGAGGCUCUAGAUGAGCAGCUUUCCCAGGCCAAAGAGGCUGAGCGGCACCCAGGCAGCCCCAGACGGGAACUUCCUUAUGCAAGCGGUGCAGGAGACGCCUCAGACCACUCAGGAAGCCCUGAACAGCAGUUGGACGAAAAGGACGCCAGGCGCUUCCAACUUAAAAUCGCGGAGUUAAGUGCCAUCAUCCGUAAGCUGGAAGACCGCAACGCCUUGCUGUCUGAAGAGAGGAAUGAGCUGCUAAAGCGGCUGAGAGAAGCUGAAAGCCAGUACAAGCCGUUGCUGGAUAAGAACAAGCGCCUUACUCGGAAAAAUGAAGACUUGUCUCACACCCUGCGGCGCAUAGAGAGCAAGUUGAAAUUUGUCACUCAGGAGAACAUAGAAAUGAGGCAGAGAGCAGGGAUCAUCCGGAGACCCAGCUCCUUAAAUGACCUUGAUCAAAGUCAAGAUGAGAGAGAGAUUGACUUCCUAAAGCUCCAGAUUGUGGAGCAGCAGAACCUCAUUGAUGAGCUUUCUAAGACCCUGGAGACAGCAGGCUAUGUGAAGAGUGUGUUGGAGCGUGAUAAGCUGUUGAGGUAUCGGAAACAAAGAAAGAAAAUGGCGAAGCUCCCCAAGAAGCCAGUUGUCGUGGAGACCUUCUUUGGAUAUGAUGAAGAAGCUUCCCUGGAGUCCGAUGGAUCUUCCAUUUCUUAUCAAACUGACAGGACGGAUCAGACCCCAUGCACCCCCGAAGAUGACCUAGAAGAGGGUAUGGCCAAGGAGGAGACCGAGCUGAGGUUCCGGCAGCUGACCAUGGAGUACCAGGCAUUGCAGCGAGCCUACGCCUUGCUGCAGGAACAAGUUGGAGGGACCCUGGAUGCAGAGCGAGAAGUUAAGACCCGUGAGCAGCUGCAAGCAGAAAUACAGAGAGCACAGACACGGGUGGAGGACCUGGAAAAGGCUCUGGCUGAGCAGGGGCAGGAUAUGAAGUGGAUCGAAGAGAAGCAAGCAUUGUAUCGACGGAAUCAAGAGCUUGUAGAAAAGAUAAAACAAAUGGAGACGGAGGAGGCGCGGCUGAAGCAUGAGGUCCAGGAUGCAAAAGACCAGAAUGAGCUGUUGGAAUUCAGGAUCCUGGAGCUCGAGGAGAGAGAGAGGAAGUCCCCAGCCAUCAACUUCCACCAUACUCCUUUUGUGGAUGGGAAGAGCCCCCUGCAGGUGUAUUGUGAGGCUGAAGGUGUAACGGACAUCCUGGUCACAGAGCUGAUGAAGAAGCUGGAUAUCCUGGGGGAUAACGCCGUAAGUAAUCUGACCAAUGAGGAACAAGUGGUUGUCAUUCAAGCCAGGACAGUCCUGACCUUGGCAGAAAAGUGGCUCCAGAGGAUUGAAGAGACGGAGUCAGCACUACAGCGGAAAAUGGUAGAUCUGGAGAGCGAGAAGGAGCUGUUCAGUAAGCAGAAAGGCUACCUGGAUGAGGAGCUGGAUUACAGGAAGCAAGCCCUGGACCAAGCCCACAAGCACAUCCUGGAGCUGGAAGCCAUGUUGUAUGAUGCCCUGCAACAGGAGGCCGGGGCCAAAGUGGCCGAGCUGCUGUCGGAAGAAGAGCGUGAGAAGCUCAAGGUGGCCGUGGAGCAGUGGAAGCGUCAGGUCAUGAGCGAGCUGCGAGAGCGAGAUGCACAGAUCCUGAGAGAGCGCAUGGAGCUGCUACAGAUUGCACAGCAGAGAAUUAAGGAGUUAGAAGAAAGAAUAGAAACCCAGAAGAGACAAAUAAAGGAGCUGGAAGAAAAGCUUUCAUUCUCUGGUCAUAGCUGUUCUUGGCACCCUGAACUGCCCUCUGCGAAGGCGAAGGUGGACCUUUGUCCUCUAACGGGACCAGAGAGCAGCAGGUGCCAGAGAAAGUGUGGGAAAUUGCAUUUCAACACUGAAGACUCGGGAGUGUUCAGGCUCUGCGCCCCGCCUUGUGGAGGAUGAGGGCAAAAACACUGUGGCCUGCAGCCACUGUCCACUUGGGGUGAGCCAGGACUAGAACUGGUCUUGCUGGCUAGCGCUUCUCUAAGAGAAGUCUAGCUUUGGCUGCUGGUGACUUUCAGCCCAGAAAGUAGGCCCUGCCCCAAUCACAGCAAUGUGUAAUGUUUGUUCCCUGCCAUGCAGGGGUAAGGAUUGCUCCGCCAGUGGAGCGAUGGAGCCCACGCUGGACACACCCCUCGUUCCCAUAGUGACCAUCAGUACUCUUGGAAGAAGAUCUCAGAAUGCCCAGACUUGCCCCUAAUGGCAAGAUGAAGGCUGUGGUCUCAGGGGUGACCCUGAGUGUCACCCUGUAGUGACACUCACUAUGGUCCUGAGCACUUGCUGCUGGACACAUCCCAUGCCCAACCUUGUUCUGUUACAUUGGCAUCUCUGUGAGGACAGAUAGAGUCAUGACUUCCCGCUGGCCUACCCUACUCCCAGACACAAAGGCUAGAAUCCUAUCCCCAGCUGCUGGCCAGGAACACAGUGGAAAGAUCAGAGAAGAGGCCAGGGAGCACAUGGGAUGAGUACACAGAGGCCUGGCCUUGAAGAAUGUGGAUCAAAGCACAGCCAAAAUACGGUGGAGUUGUGGCCCUCCUAGCCUAGAAGACCCUCAGCAGAUGAGCCUCGCCUGAGAGCCUCAUGUGACAAGGGCCAGUGAUGAAGGUAGCUUAAGAUGGCUUCGUCCACAGCCUGUGCACAUAAGAAAGGGUCCAGAAGAGAAGAUGAACCUAAGGGUCCAUGAACUUCGGAUGGUAGCCACAGUGCAGUGGCCUACAGAGAGAAAGCAGUACAGCUAUGAGGACGGUUCAAAUGAGGCUUCCAUCGUGCUAGAUGGUACAUCCAGCAUCCAGGAAAGUCCUCCCUUGUGUGGACCGGAUGCAUCCUUGUUGAAGGAGGCUCUUUCGCCCCCUUCACAUCCCUGCUAGUCUAAGAUUGUCACCCUCUGUGCUGAAAUUAGGAGGGCAUGCAUGUGCAUGUGUGUCCAUGUGUGAGCUUGCUCAAUGAGAAGUCAGUGCCUGGAUUAGAGCCCUUUCAAAGCACCUAGAAGUUGACACACCGGAUAGUGAGAUAUGCAGUCAGGUGUGACCAUUACAUCCAGCAUUGUAUAUUACAAAGCCCAGUGGCCAGGGGGAGGAACGAGAGUGCUGUCUGAAAGCAUUAGGUUCAAUUUAUAUUUGUGUCAGGAGAAAUGUUCCACUGUGGUGCAGAUGACCAAGUAGUUAUGGACCCCUAGGUCAAAAUCAGAGAAAAGCUUACAGGAUUGGACACAUGGGCCCCUUUCUUCAGUGGCUCCAGGAUUUCUGCUAGGAAAUGCAUUCAGUGCUCUUGGUCCUUCCCAUUGGCCAUCCAUGCCCAGUCAUCGAUUCUCUAACUGAGUCUGAUGUUGGGUUUGGUCUUUGAGUCUGAAAUUUUUAGUCCUUAGUGCAUGGUCUCCUCUUAUUUAAAUGACUUCCUUCUCUCAGCCCAUUUGCUGUACUCUCUGAAUGGCAGCAAUAGGCUGUGUCAGUGAUGCUGCCACAGAUCUGUAGGUGAGGGGAAGCCACUGGGUUAGUGACCAUUGGACUGUGCAAUGCAGGGACCUCGGAGCUGUCUCAGGUCCAUGCUGCUCUCUGCCCGCCAGCACUCCUGGCCCAGCCCCAGGUGAACUUGCAAGAGAACAGGAGCUCAUUAGGAACAAAAAGUUACACUGGAAACUCACCCCACCUCAUACCCCUAGAGUUCAAUUGGAUCGUGGGUCUGCAUGUUGUUCGCGUGUCCGGAAUACUUCAUAAUACCCCCUGACACUCUAAAUUACAGGUCUGGGAACUUUGUUGUUUUUAAGAAUGGCUCUACAGGAAAGAAAAGCAUGUAAAUAAGUACCAACGCUCAUUAAGUCGUUUCUGUUUAUGUGUAAAGUAUAUGUACAUAGAAAGGAAAAUGGCUGAGUGAAUGCUCGAUAACAUCCCACAAACCAGACGGCACUUUCACCCAGCUGUAUUCCUGAAAGCACACGCUGAGCCGGAAGGCUGUUCCUCUCCUUUAGGCUUCAUCGUUUUUAUCCAUGUCAUAAGCACCAUCUUGUCACCUGAUCCCAAAGUCAGACCUGAACUCGGGGCAGGCGUGGGGGAGCAAAUGUGAACCUCUGUUACCGAUUCUUGCUGCCAAUGAGCCUCUGAGGAGCUCAAGCACUUCAAAACGCAAGGUGCAUUUUCUAAAUCCCAGACUGAAUCUUCUAUCCCAGAUGCUGGGUUGGACAGGAUUCCCUCCUACGUUUGAGCCCCUGCUGCUAUCUCCUAAAACAGGGCAUCUGUGUGCAAUGGCACUGCCCUGGUGAAGCAAGAAGAGGGACCCUGACAUGGCCCCCAGGGACUCAAACUGUACCACUGAGGCAUGGGCCUCGGCUUCACAUUGCGAUGAAUUGUCAGCCCGCCCACUCUGUGUGCACGACAUGGAAUAGCAUAAGUAUUUCCGUUUGUCUAAACUAGAAAUCCACGUAAACUGCAGAGCCCUUUGUGAGCAGCCCUGUGGUGUCUACUUUGUUUCCAUGGUCUAGUGUUCUGUUGCUUGAAGGCCUAUGGCUGUGAUGGAAGUCUUUGCCCUUGUAGACUCUGUAGCCUUCAGGAAACCUGAGUGCCUUACGCAGCUUGUCAACACCAACUGGGAGUCAGGAGGGAGGGUGGAGAGUGGCUCUGUGGCACACUGAUAGCUGAUCAGUUCUUGCCAUCACUCCGUCAUUGAACCCUUAAGUUGGGGUUGUGUGUUAAAACACAGUGAUGGAUCUAAGUUUAGGCUCAGGAAAACCAUAUUGUGAAUAUAUGUAUCAAGGCAUAUAUUUAUUGUACCUUUUCUAAAAAAGCUUUACUGUAAACUUAUGCAAAAAGGAGCAGAACUUUGCUUCUGGUGGCAGAGUGCCAGGCAGUAUUUGUGUUUGACGAAGCGAUCUUUAACAUGCCCCUCUCAACACGCAACCUUUCCGUUCAGUGCUCAACAGUAUUCCCAGGCUUCAACUAGGUUUGUAUCGUGGUCAAUUAUAAAUUUUACACAUAUUUUUGUAUUGUGGUUCCUAUAAUAUAUACCAGAGAAUUUUUACUUAUUUGUAAAUUACUGUACAGUUUUAAUAAAACUUGUUUUAAAUCCUA